AUGCGCGCACGUCCCCCUUCUGAUCAGCUGACUGUGAGUGAGAUGCUUCUCUGCUGAAGGACCUCUGAGCCCAAAAACCUGCAGUAAUCCGCGCUAUGUGCGAGGAGCCCCGAGCACUCCACUGAACCACGCCGUGCGGACCGAACGCCGAAGCGCCUAAACCCGUCGUUAAUUUCCUACAUCGGUGGCUCAGUUCACAACCAUGCAGGCAGCAGCUCUGACAGAGUUCUGGCUGAUCUCGGCGCCGGGGGAGAAAACGUGCCAGCAGACGUGGGACAAGCUGAUGGUGGCAACCACGCGCACCAACAACCUCUCCACCAACAACAAGUUCAACAUCCCCGACCUCAAGGUCGGGACUCUAGAUGUUUUGGUGGGUUUGUCAGAUGAGCUGGCUAAACUGGACACUUUUGUGGAAAGCGUGGUGAAGAAGGUUGCUCAGUACAUGGCCGACGUUCUGGAGGACAGCCGGGACAAGGUGCAGGAGAACCUGCUGGCUAAUGGAGUUGACCUGGUCACAUACAUCACCAGAUUUCAGUGGGACAUGGCUAAAUAUCCGAUUAAACAGUCACUGAAAAACAUCUCAGAAAUCAUCUCCAAGCAAGCGACUCAGAUAGACAACGACCUGAAGGCCAGAGCUUCAGCUUACAACAAUCUGAAGGGAAACCUGCAGAACCUGGAGAGGAAGAACGCAGGAAGCCUGCUGACCAGGAGUCUGGCUGACAUCGUGAAGAAGGAGGACUUUGUCCUGGACUCGGAGUACCUGAUCACCAUGCUGGUGGUCGUCCCAAAGACGGGCUACACUGACUGGCAGAAGACGUAUGAAACUCUGGCAGAGAUGGUCGUGCCUCGCUCCACCAAACUGCUGUUUGAGGACAACGACAGCGGCCUGUUCAGCGUCACGCUCUUCAGGAAGGCCGUGGACGACUUCAAGCACAAGGCCAGAGAAAACAAGUUCACGGUGCGUGACUUCCAGUACAACGAGGAGGAGAUGAAGGCCGACAAGGAGGAGAUGACACGCUUGUCCACCGACAAGAAAAAGCAGUUUGGGCCUCUGGUGCGGUGGCUGAAGGUGAAUUUCAGUGAGGCCUUUAUCGCUUGGAUCCACAUAAAAGCCCUGCGUGUGUUUGUGGAGUCGGUAUUGAGAUAUGGGCUGCCAGUGAACUUCCAGGCCAUGCUGCUCCAGCCGAACAAGAAGAACAUGAAGAAACUGAGGGAGGUGCUGUACGACCUGUACAAACACCUGGACAGCAGCGCCGCCAUCAUUGACGCCUCGAUGGACAUCCCAGGACUGAACCUGAGCCAGCAGGAGUACUACCCCUACGUUUACUACAAGAUCGACUGCAACCUGCUGGACUUCAAAGUCUAAACAUAUCGCUCUGAUCUCCAUGUUUGUGUUAUGAUGUGAUAUUCUCACAUCCUUGAGCUUUAAUUUAUUUCUACCCAUGACCUGUUUCUUCCUUGUUUUUACUGUUUUUGUUUUUUCAUCUCUCUUCUUUUUUUUGUCUCCCUCCUUGUUGUGUUCCUGAUACAUUCCUGGAUCUUCACUGUAAGUUGUUCGAGUGCUGGAUUAGUCAUUAUGUGCAAGAUUAGAAUGAUUUCAGUGGUUGAAUGGUUUCCAACCGUCUCUUUUGUUCUAAACUACUUGAACCUGGACCUCUUUUUUUUUUUUUGGUCAUUCCCUGUUUGUACCACACUGAAAGCGAACAGCUCUCCAGGUUUCGCACAUCAGACUGACUGACUCACAGCAUCAAACAAGAUGUAAGAUACUUUGUUUCUGUCGUCACUUUCCUCCUCUUCCUACUUUAUAUAAAGUAACAUGACACACACACAUGCUGGGAAAUGAGGAGAAAAAUGAGAUGAACCGUAUGUUAAAUAUACUAUUUAUUUUACGCCUCUGAAAUCAGUGAAUUUGUCUUUGUUGGUUGAGUUUUUGAAGGUGAUGUGUUUUUAGUUCCAUGUAAGGAAUGCCUGUUUACAAGUAGAUGUUGACCAUUGUUUCCCUUUCUCCAGCUGUAACCCCGUGAAACACUGAGGCUGGUCAUUUUACGGUACAAAGAAGCAAUGUCUGCUGACUGUAUGCGCCUGUGAUUUCUGUAUAUUAUGCAGUUUGAGAAAAAAAUGAUUAAGUAUAUGUGCAAAUACUGUAUUGUCAGUAUAACUGGAAAUUGAAACACAUAUUUAUCAUAAAUGUGAAAAUAAAGACUCUAUGUGGAAAAACAC